AUGAUCGCACGAAUCCUUUGCGUGAUCGCUGUAUACAGCAUAUUACCAACGUAUUCGACUCCGGCGAAAGAUAUGCUCGCUGAGCUUUCAAAUGCCGGACGAAAAAUAAUGGAACAGUCGGCUAUACCAGGAGCUACUAUACGACAGUGUUCAUGCCAGGAACAGACUACAUGCAUCAACGAGAUUCGGAGUCAAGCCAGUCAGUGCUUCGACUCAUGCUGGGACCGUUUGAAAACGAUUACGAACAAUCCGACAGGUCUUCGACAAUGCGUAUCUGAUCAAAAUCCGCUAAUUUCUCAAUUCCUUUCCUGCGUUGACAAGCAGUUACAUUCUUGUUGGCCUGAUCGUAAUGGCCCGCAGAUUCAGAAACAAGAUCUUGCAAAGUUUAUUCGACUUAGUGAAGAGAAAUUGGAAUCGUCCAAAAAUGCUUUGCUCAACAAUCCAUCAAUAAAACCCAUUCAGAAACUGCUGGGCGCAGCUAUCAACUUUGGAUACUGCGUCAAAGACUGUUUUGUAGGGAAGAAUGCAGGAGGAUUCUGCUUUGACCGACUUAAGUGCCAACCACUGAUAAAUGAAGACCGUGCUCGCAAGUCACUGAAAAAGUGUUUGAAAACUGUGGAUUGGAAGUCUAGAGCAAGCGAAUUCUGCGAGUGCUCAUUGAAAGCUGGUGUCACGUAA